AUGAAUCAGGCACUAUGCUGGCUGUGUGUGUUGAGCCUCCCCAACCAAAGGCAGUUUACCUGUCAGCUACCAAGUUCUGAGACAUCCUACAAUAAGAAAUGGAAGCAGCUGUCCCGUCUCCAGCGGAGUGUGAUCCUCUUCACAUUUGCCUUCCUGGCCGUCUGCGGAGUCAUCACUUACGCGAACAUGGCCGAACCCUGGAAAAGUACCAGCAACAGAUCUUUGGAGGGACUGAAGGCCGACUUGGAGAUCCCCGGGUUGAAUCCGGCAAACCAGGCCAUUCUCCCCAUACCCCAAAAAGCCGACACCAACCCGGGAGAAGUCUCGCUUCAAAAACCUCCAAGGCUUCCUCCUGUCCGGCGGGGGCCUCCUAACCUGCAGAUCAGAGCCCCCCAGAGAGAGACGAGGGUGCAGUCAGAAGACAGAGCGGUUGACGCUGAGGAACGGCUUGGCCAGACCGAUAAGGGACUCAAAACGGAGAAGCCUGUCAUCAGCUGGAGAGGAGCCAUGAUUGAGCCCGAUCAGAGCCCAGAGCCGCCUUCCCACCAAGGGAAGGAUCCUGGCAAGCCUGUCCUGGUGGAACCUGAAGACCAGAAAGAGCCAGUGCCCCUGAACGAGCGCCAGGUGGCUGUGAUCGAGGCUUUCCGCCAUGCCUGGAAAGGGUACAAGGAGUUCGCGUGGGGCCACGAUGAGCUGAAGCCCAUCUCCAAGUCCUUCAACGAGUGGUUCGGCCUGGGACUGACCAUCAUCGACGCCCUGGACACCAUGUGGAUCCUAGGCUUGAAGGAAGAGUUUGAGGACGCCAGGAAGUGGGUCGCCACCGAGCUCAGGUUUGAUAAGAACGUGGACGUCAACCUCUUUGAGAGUGCCAUUCGCAUCCUGGGGGGCCUGCUGAGCACCUACCACUUAUCGGGGGACAGUCUGUUCCUCGAAAAAGCUAAAGACAUCGGGAGCAGGCUCAUGCCGGCCUUCAACACCCCUUCGAAGAUUCCCUUUUCAGACGUCAACAUUGGCCGGGGCACGGCCCACCCGCCCCGAUGGACCUCCGACAGCACCGUGGCCGAAGUGACCAGCAUCCAGCUGGAGUUCAGAGAGCUCUCGCGACUGACGGGGGAAGCGAAAUACAAGGAUGCUGUCGACCGGGUGAUGAAACACGUCCACACUCUUGCCGGCAAGAACGACGGCCUGGUGCCCAUGUUUAUCAACACUAACAGCGGGCAGUUCACCCACCUGGGUGUCUACACGCUCGGCGCCCGCGCAGACAGCUACUACGAGUACUUGCUGAAGCAGUGGAUCCAGGGAGGCAAGAAGGAAGACGAGCUUCUGGAGGACUACGUCAAGGGCAUCGAAGGGGUGAAGAUGCACCUUCUCCGGAAAUCCCAGCCCAAAGGGCUGACGUUUGUCGGGGAGCUGGCCCACGGUCGCUUCAGUAAUAAAAUGGAUCACCUGGUCUGCUUCUUGCCGGGAGCCCUGGCUUUGGGGGCCCACAACGGGCUUCCGGCGGAUCACAUGACCUUGGCGGCAGAGCUGGCCGAAACCUGCUAUCAGAUGUACGCCCAGGUCGAGACAGGCCUGAGCCCGGAGAUUGUCCACUUCAACAUGCACACGCAGAAGGGCCGGAAGGACAUCGAGAUAAAGACUGCAGACCGACAUAACCUCCUGCGCCCUGAGACCGUGGAGAGCCUUUUCUACCUGUAUCGAUUCACGGGCGAUAAGAAGUACCAGGACUGGGGCUGGGAGAUCCUGCAAAGCUUCAAUCAAUACACACGGGUCUCGACGGGCGGCUACACGUCCAUCAACAACGUCCAGAACCCCAGCAACCCUGAGCCAAGAGACAAGAUGGAGAGCUUCUUCCUGGGAGAGACCCUCAAGUACCUUUUCUUGCUCUUCUCGGAUGACGUGAACUUGAUAAACCUCGACAAAUACGUCUUCAACACGGAGGCUCACCCUUUUCCUAUCUGGCCGUCGGCAUAAAUGGCAGCUGAGGUCCAUCCACCCCAUGGCCGGUCUCAAAUCGUGUCUCCACCUGUUGGGCUGUGUAGAAUAGUACGGUAUCUCUCCUUGCCAGUCAGAAAUUAAUCAGAAAGGGAGCCUGGAUUACUUCAGGGGAAAUCUUCAGCCUGGAAUCUGUGCACACACACACACACUCACGCACAGGUCUCACCUCCCCCUCCUCACCAGGACACAGAUGCCCAUGACAGAGCUGGGCAAGCAGUAGUUAAUGGCUGGGCCAAGCCUUCGCUGGCAGAGAGGAGAAGGUAGGAGCCCCAGCGAGAUCCACUGUGUGGUGGCAGCUUUAGCCCACGUCAAAGCCCUCCUCUUGGCAAAGCCAGCCCAGACGUCCCCGGAUCCAUGACUGCAUCAUUCCGUCAGAUGUGCCUGCACCGUUUCUAUAUGGUUGAGGCAAAAGAGGAGCGGCCCGCAGGUUCCCUUAGUUUAAAACGUAGGCUCUCCACGGGAUUGCUGAUGGCCUCUGCCACCGGCAGAACAGCAGCAACAAAAAAAGUCUCCCCUUUUAAGCAGUGUUAUCUCUGGGUGGUGUCUCAGUUUUGACGGAGCCAUCUUUAAAAAAAUGGCGUGGGGGUUUGUCACCGGUUGUGUGUCGUAGGGACGCUAAGUGUCGAAGUUGCUGGUUUGGCUGGGGAGCAGCGUAGGUGUGCUGCGAUAUAGCUGUGUAUUUCUCUCCCCACUGCAACCUGGCUGCCCUUUACACAUCUGCAGAAAUGCAGGAAGACAAUGUGAAGAUUCCUAUUCCCUCAAAGAAAAAACAGAGGGAAGGCUAUUUACAAAGGAUUUUCUCUACGUAUAAUAUAAAUAAUGUUUUGGCUCAGGUAAUUGGACUGAAAGCUGCUUCCUGAGGUCACCGGAGACCGGAAUAAUGAUAGGUCACCACCGUUUCCUCCUCCGGAUCAGGACUCAUGUCUGAAAUGAAUGAGGUGGCUGGCUUUGCCAUUGUAUUGUGUUGAUCCAGCUAGAUCUUCUCUCUCGCUCUCUCUAAAGGAGAGUUUUUGUCUUGUCUCUCGAGCAUUUUGUGCGUCCCGUUUCUGUGAUGGGGUCAAAGAGGCAUUUUCUCCGCAGGAGAGUCAGUCAUGCCUGAGUCGGAGAACGAAUUCAUUCAGGGCACCGAUCCAUUUCCCCUCAGGCAGCCUUAUAUAGACCUGGAGG